UGACAAACAGGCAAUAUUCUAUUUUGAUUAAAAUGAGGGGGCGUUCCUUUGAUAUCAAUCGACUCCGCCUGCAAAAGCACGAAUACCUUACUUCAUCCUGCUACUGUUCAGUCGACCACCACAACUGUUACCAACCGCACCACAAAAAAACAACAGUUUCCGGGGUGUUUUGUUCUCUCGACGUGACCGAGUUCGCAAUUAGCGCUGCAUAUAAAACGCUAAUCGACAUUGAGAAAAAUCGACCUAUUUAUAAGUAGCUUGAGUUUCCAAUUCAUGCCUUUAACUAGUUCGGCGUAUAAUAAUGAAAUUGAAGUGGGCUAAUAAGCACUUAAACUUUUAAGUGCGUGUACUAAAAUACGAAGUAGAUCCAUUAUUGAUUAUACGUGCAAAUCCCCAUUUAUUCAAUUUACGAUUAUGAGCAAGGAUUUAUUAUUCAAUAGGUAUGUACCCAUAUAAUACAACGCAUCAUGGACGAUUUUAAAGUUUAAUAAUGGCCAAAUCGAUUAAAUCAGAGCCCGGUUACAAAACAAAAAUAUCGUUCAGCGUCGAAUCACUUUUAUCAUCGAAAAAAUACACGGACAACCUCGACGAAAUUAAUAGCGAGGAGGAUGAGGAUCACAUCGACGUAGACGAUCAUUCGGAAGAUGAAGGGAAAAUUGAAGAAGAGGACGAAAUAAAAGUAACCGAUAAUGAUGGGGAUGAGCUCGAGAGUAGGGAAAGUGGAAGUCCUGUAUCACAUUCGGUCAUCAUACCGCAACCGAUCCAUCCUUCCAUUCCCCACGUGUUACCUACGACGGGACCGCAGCAAUGGCCGUUCGCCUGGACGGGACUUGGACCCUUAUUCCGCGCGCCUUCACCCCACGCCAGCAUAUCAAACGCGAAUGCAAAUCCGGGAGGGCCUCCGGUUGUAAGAUGUGCGCUCCGGAAACACAAACCGAAUCGGAAACCACGCACUCCAUUUACAACGCAACAACUUAUGGCUCUAGAGAAGAAGUUUAGGGACAAGCAGUAUCUCAGCAUAGCUGAAAGGGCCGAAUUUUCCAGCUCGUUGCGACUCACCGAGACGCAGGUGAAAAUAUGGUUCCAAAAUCGUCGCGCCAAAGCGAAACGUCUACAGGAAGCGGAAUUGGAAAAACUUCGGCUGGCGGCUCGACCGUUACUGCCACCGACGUUCGGCAUAUUCCACGGAAACCCAAAUCACGGCAUGUCGCCAUUUUUAGCGGCAAUGGUCCAGCGACCGCCGCACUUUUUAAGCUUUCCCGCAUCCUUAGAGUCCAUGAUGCCUACGAUACCUCAAUCUAUACCUUAAGGUUCCUUUUGUAAAUGCCCGUAUAUGUAUUUAAUGUAAAAUAAUAUUGUAUAAAUGAUGAAUGAAUUAUAAAGUUGUAUACUGCUGUAGCGCAAGAAAACUAAGACUGAUGUAUAUAAUAGUAAUUGAAUAUAAAUAAAUUGUAUAAUUGUGUAUAAACAUUUAAAGGAAUAAAUGAAAGUCAGAACCUUUCAUAUUACACUA